AGACCGAAAACGCUCGGGGGUGUGUGCUGUGUUUAAGACCCAGACCCAGGGAGAGAGGGGAAAGUAGUCGCGCAAGCGGUCUCAGGGCAGCCUUCCCACCUGCUGCGCGGAGGAACCGCCGGGAAGGGGCCGCAGCCGCGUGCCCGUACCCCCCCCGCCCCGCCCCUGCUCGCAGCGCGGCCCCGCCACCCGGGAGUUCCCGCGAGUGGCCCCGCGCCCAGGCCGCGCGGGGGGCUGUUGGGUUGGAGGCGGGGAGCAGCCGGGGCACCAAAAUAGGAGCCGCUUGUGGGCUGGAGCUGCACUAGCAGGCACCCUCCGCCGCGCCUCUUCCAAAGAUGGUCAGAGGGUCCGGAGGCGCCCCCGCCCCCGCUCGCCGCUAGCCUGUCGGCCAGCACCGCGUCCCGGAGCCGCCGCCGGAGCCAUGGCUCUAAAAGGACAAGAAGAUUAUAUUUACCUUUUCAAGGAUACAGCGCAUCCAGUGGAUUUUCUAGAUGCAUUCAGAACAUUUUACUUGGAUGGAUUAUUUACUGAUAUUACCCUUCAGUGUCCUUCAGGCAUAAUUUUCCAUUGUCACCGAGCUGUUUUAGCUGCUUGCAGCAAUUAUUUUAAGGCAAUGUUCACAGCUGAUAUGAAAGAAAAAUUUAAAAAUAAAAUAAAAAUCUCUGGCAUCCACCAUGAUAUUUUGGAAGGCCUUGUGAAUUAUGCAUACACUUCCCAGAUUGAAAUAACUAAAAGAAAUGUUCAAAGCCUGCUUGAAGCAGCAGAUCUGCUACAGUUCCUUUCAGUAAAGAAAGCUUGUGAGCAGUUUUUGGUAAGGCACUUGGAUAUUGAUAAUUGUAUUGGAAUGCACUCCUUUGCAGAAUUUCACAUGUGUCCAGAACUAGAGAAGGAAUCUCGAAGAAUUCUAUGUUCAAGGUUUAAGGAAGUGUGGCAACAAGAAGAAUUUCUGGAAAUCAGCCUUGAAAAGUUUCUCUUUAUAUUGUCCAGAAAGAAUCUCAGUGUUUGGAAAGAAGAAGCUAUCAUAGAGCCUGUUAUUAAGUGGACUGCUCAUGAUGUGGAAAAUCGAAUUGAAUGCCUGUAUAACGUACUAAGCUAUGUAAACAUAGAUAUAGAUCCAGUGUAUUUAAAAACAGCUUUAGGUCUUCAAAGAAGCUGCCUACUAACCGAAAAUAAGAUACGAUCUCUAAUAUACAAUGCUCUGAAUCCCCUGCAUAAAGAGAUUUCCCAGAGGUCCACAGCCACAAUGUACAUCAUUGGAGGCUAUUACUGGCAUCCUUUAUCAGAGGUUCACAUAUGGGAUCCUCUGACAAAUGUUUGGAUUCAGGGAGCAGAAAUACCAGACUAUACUAGGGAGAGCUAUGGUGUUACAUGUUUGGGACCCAACAUUUAUGUAACUGGGGGUUAUAGGACAGAUAACAUAGAAGCUCUUGACACAGUGUGGAUCUAUAACAGUGAAAGUGAUGAAUGGACAGAAGGUUUGCCAAUGCUCAAUGCCAGGUACUACCACUGUGCAGUCACCUUGGGGGGCUGUGUCUACGCUUUAGGCGGUUACAGAAAAGGGGCUCCUGCAGAAGAGGCCGAGUUUUAUGAUCCAUUAAAAGAGAAAUGGAUUCCUAUUGCAAAUAUGAUUAAAGGUGUGGGAAACGCGACUGCCUGUGUCUUACAUGAAGUUAUCUAUGUCAUCGGCGGCCACUGCGGUUACAGAGGGAGCUGUACCUAUGACAAGGUCCAGAGCUACAACUCAGAUAUCAACGAGUGGAGCCUCAUCACCUCCAGUCCACAUCCAGAAUAUGGAUUGUGUUCAGUCCCAUUUGAAAAUAAGCUCUAUCUAGUUGGUGGACAAACUACAAUCACGGAAUGCUAUGACCCUGAACAAAAUGAAUGGAGAGAAAUAGCUCCCAUGAUGGAAAGGAGGAUGGAGUGUGGUGCCGUCAUCAUGAAUGGAUGUAUUUAUGUCACUGGGGGAUACUCCUACUCAAAGGGAACAUAUCUUCAGAGCAUUGAGAAAUAUGAUCCAGAUCUUAAUAAGUGGGAAAUAGUGGGCAAUCUUCCAAGUGCCAUGCGGUCCCAUGGGUGUGUUUGUGUGUACAAUGUCUGACUGAAUCCAUAGAAAUGACCCAGUAAUCACUGUUCUGGGGUGUAGUGAAAGAAAGAGAAUUCAGGAUUUGGAGUCCCUUAUUUAUCAUUGUAGACUGGCACAUAAUGGGUGAAUUCCCAUGCUUAACCCCCACUCUUCCCUUAACGCAGUGAUUAAUGGUCAAGAAAAAUCCUAUGUAUAUUUACAGUUGAAUCAGUAGGGUUAACACCUUAUAAUCUCUACUUUUCAAAGGUAAUAUGGAAUGUUGGACACUUGGUAAAAAGUAAAAUACCUUUGUAGUGAAUUUUUCUCCUGGUAGCAUCAACACUGGGUGCAGGUCAGAAUCAUUCUGUGGAAUGAAAUGUCUCUUCUGACCCUGUAAUGUAUAGUGUAUAUUAAGAUUCCAUUUAGCUAGCAAGGAAUUUGAAAUUUAAGGAGGGAAUCUUCUCUACCUCUACAAAAUCAACACUUUAAAACAGCUUUUUUUUUCACAGUUGGAUGUAUUUAGAAUGUGGACUUUGUCUUUUUUUCUUUGUAGUGUGUAUAAUUUAUUGUUCUUCUUCAUUUACUGACUGCCUGAGGUAUACAAGAUACUGUGCAAAAGAUUAUUACUGUUCAGGGUUUACAAACUACAUUUAAAAGAAUGGCAAAUCUGAAAAAUUGCAGAGAAAAUAGUUAAAUACUUGCUAAUGCUAAGAGCUAUUUUUAAUUUUCAGCCUUGAUGUAAAUUGCUAGUUUAGGUGUCUUUAGUUCAAGCAUGUUAGAAAAAUCCUCUUUAUUCAUAAGUAUAGAUACAUAUCUGCAUACACAAUUGAAUUUUAGAGCCAGAAAGCAUGUGGAACCGUUGUGAUGUAAUAGAAAAUAUAUUGAUGAGAAGAAAUUUGCAUUCAUUUCCCAGCUGUGCCACUAACUAGAUUUUUGUAAAUUGAGUCACUUAACAUCUCCUCGAUUAGAGCUUCAUGACCCAUGCACUUUGGGUCAUAGAUGUGCCUACAUAUGGGUCCCCAUAACCCCUGGGGCAGCCAGAGGUAGCCUGGGUGGCUGGAGCCUCUGGGCAGAAACACCUUUGUCCACUUUCCCCAGUGUGCCUGUGGUAUUACUUUCUGUGUGUGCCAAAACUUGAGAAAAGUUGGGAAGCAUUGCUUAAGUUAGCUGACGUUUUAGUGAUCUGUUAGACCAUCUAUCUACACUCUUCCUUUUCUUAAGAGACAGUAAUUAUUUUUAACUUUUAUGGAAGUUGAAAACUACCUAAUGCUUCUAAUUUUUUUUUUAGAAAGAACCUGCUUAAUGCAUUCAUUUCAGAUGGCAUUUUAAAUAGACACAACCCUUUGGGAAUUCAAUAUGGUACCACAUAGAAGGAGCCCCAAAAAUGACCAUAUCUUUGCCCCAUAAAUUCUACUCCUAGAUUUGUAACCUAAAGAAUAAUAUAAAAACAAAACAAAGGGAAAUGCAUGAGGAUGUUUAUGUCUGCAUUAUUUAUAAUAGACAAAAUUGGAAAUAGUCUACAUGUCAAAGAAGAAAGUGGGCUAAUAAAAUAAUGAAGUAUCAUACUGCCAUUAAAAUAAUUAUUUGGAACACUGUAAAAACAUGGACGUGUCUGUGAUAUGGUAAGUCAAAUAAGCACAAUAUAAAAGAGUAUGCGCACUAUGAUUGUGACUUUGUAAAAUCUUUUUGCAUGUGGAAGGUAAUAUGCAAAACUGAAAUCCAUUGUGUUAGUGUAGGGGGAUGUGGAAUGAUUUUUAAUUUAUUUAAAUGUUUUUCUUUAAUACUUGUGUUUUCAAUAAAAAUAAGUAAAUCCCUGUAUAUGUGGUAAAACUGCUUGAAUUUGGCCUGAGCGAGUCAAAGGAUAGUCAGAAUUAGUGAAACCACUGAGUUAUAGAUUAUGGGAUGCCUGGGUGGCUCAGUCGGUUGGGCGUCUGCCUUCCGCUCGGGUCGUGGUCUCGGGGUCCUGAGAUCAA